UACCUGCUAGACGGAGUUAGCCUGCAGAUUGGGUGUGAUACUGAUUUUUGUUAGAUGAUAAGUAUUUUUAGAAUGAGAUGUAAACUCUUAUGGUUAACAGACAUGUAAGAGGUCGAUAAUCUACGUCAGGAAAUGGUACACAUAGGUUUAAUUUAAACUAACGCCGUUUUUUUCACCCUCUAAAAGUGAAAGUAAAAACUAACCGGACGUAUUAAGUUUUUCACAGAGGAAAAUGGCUUCAAAGCUUGAAGAGGAAUUUUGCUGUCCUGUGUGCUGUGACAUCUACAAGGAUCCCGUCAUUUUAACCUGCGCUCACAGUGUGUGUAAAGCCUGUCUGCAGCAGUUCUGGGAGAGCAAAGGACACAGAGAAUGUCCCUACUGCAGGAGGAAGUGCUCUAAAGAAAACUAUCAACCGAACCUGGCGUUAAGGAGCCUGUGUGAAGCUUAUUUAAGGGAGAGAAGUCAGAGAGCUUCAGCAGGGUCUGAGGUGCUCUGUAGUCUGCACAGUGAGAAACUCAAGGUUUUCUGUCUGGACGAUAACCAACCUGUGUGUGUGGUGUGUCAGAUUUCCAAGAAACACACCAACCACAAGUUCCAACCUGUAGAUGAGGCAGCAGCUGACCUUAAGGAGCUGCUGAGGAUUAAACUAGAGUCCUUACAGAAGAAGCUGAAGGUCUUUGAAGAAGCAAAACUCUCCUGUGAUGAAACCGCUGAACAUGUUAAGACUCAGACCCAGCACACAGAGAAGCAGAUGAAGAUGGAGUUUGAGAAGCUUCACCAGUUUCUACGAGAUGAAGAGGCAGCCAGGAUAGCUGCACUGAGGGAGGAAGAGGAGCAGAAGAGUCAGAUGAUGAAGAGGAAGAUUGAGAAGUUGAGCAGAGAGAUCUCAUCUCUUUCAGACACUAUCAGAGCCAUACAGGAAAAGAUGGUAGCUGAUGAUGUCACAUUCCUGCAGACCUACAAGAGCACAGUGGAAAGAGCCCAGUGCACACUGCAGGAUCCAGAGAGGGUUUCAGGAGCUCUGAUCAAUGUGGCAAAGCACCUGGGCAACCUGAAGGUCAAGGUCUGGAAAAAAAUGAUUGCUCCUGUGACGCUGGAUCCCAACACUGCACACCCAGAUCUCAUCCUGUCUGAGGAUCUGACCAGCGUGAGAUAUGUUAGAAAUAACCCACAGAGGUUUCAUAAGUAUAAGAGUGUGCUGGGCUCUGAGGGCUUUAACUCAGGGACUCACUGCUGGGAUGUGGAAGUUGGAGAGAACACAGGGUGGUAUGUGGGUGUAAUGACAGAGUCUGCCCAGAGAAAGGGAAACUAUAAUGCUGUGAGUGGAUGCUGGUAUGUGUGGUAUACAGAUGGUGAAUAUGGAGCAUGUGCUGCACCACAGCGCUCCACUCUCCUCACAGUGCAGCCAGAGAAACUCCAGAGGAUCAGAGUGCAGCUGGACUGGGACAGAGGAGAGCUGUCGUUCUCUGACCCUGAUAAUAACACACACCUACACACUCUCACACACACAUUCACUGAGAGAGUGUUCCCAUAUAUGAAUACUGGUUGUAGUCUCUCUCCUCUGAGGAUCCUACCAGUGAGUCCUCAGUAGCAUCAGAGCAGCACUGAUGGAGCUGAUGGUGUCUCAGACUGGACUCUCAUGAGGCCAGUAGGUGUGAUGAGGAGGUGUGCUGAAUGUAGCACACUUAAACCAGGAGAUGUAUUGAUUUAUUAACACACCGAGUGUACUAAUGAUGACUGAGUAUACUAAUGAUGACCGAGUAUACUAUUGAUGACCAAGUAUACUAUUGAUGAAUGAGUAUGCUGUUGAUGACCGAGUAUACUUUUGAUGAACGAGUAUACCAUUGAUGAAUGAGUAUACUAAUUAUGACCGAGUAUACUAAUGAUGGCCGAGCAUAAUGAUGACCUAGUAUACUAAUGAUGGCCGAGCAUACUAAUGAUGGCCGAGUGUACUAAUGAUGAUCGAGUAUACUAAUGAUGGCUGAGUAUACUAAUGAUGACCGAGCAUGCUAAUGAUGGCCGAGUAUACUAAUGAUGGCUGAGUAUACUAAUGAUGGCCGAGCAUACUAAUGAUGGCCGAGUAUACUAAUGAUGGCUGAGUAUACUAAUGAUGACCGAGCAUGCUAAUGAUGAAUGUGGGUCAGAUUUGAACCCUGAAUGUGGUACAGAUGCAAUUGCUCCUCCCCCCAGACCGUGUCACUUCAGAACAGAGGAAUGCUCUGCCCUUAUUGGAUGCUGAAGGUAAAAGAGGGUGGGGCAGAGCAAGAUUGGAGCCGUAGCUCACGUAACUUUAUCUUUAAUGUAAAUGUAAAGUUAUUAAAUUGAUUGAUUACUUACGCCACUUAUUUCCAAAUGUGUGCCAACAGACAAAGAUUGUGCAGUCUGGUGAUCUGGUGU